AUGAGUUUAAUCAAAUUAAUUCUUUUUUAAAUUUUAGAAAAAGUUGCUUUAAGUUAAGGAUGUUUUGUAAAGAAUUUUAUUUAUUAUUUAGUUGAGAUAUUAAGUCUAAAAUAGUUUGAUAACAAUUACAUAAGGUGAACAUAUUGAGUUUGACAUACUUCAUUAUAUGAUAGGAGUUUCUCUUCAAUUCUAAAUUCAACCUUAUUCUCCUAAACCACUAGAGUUUCCUUAUAUUUAUUUGUAAAAAUCAUUCAUAUUGGGAAAAUUUUUUGAUGAAAUUAUUGAUAUGGAUUUAAAAUUCACCAAUCCAUUUCAAGAAUUGACUUAUUAUGCUCUUGUGAAAUUAAAUUUAGAUGACCAAAUAAGUCAUCGAAUGGUAGAAUAUACUCUUAACUCAAAAAAUGACAUGACAAUUUCUAAUAAUACCCUUAUUAUCAAUUCAGAGGUAUGUUAUCAUGUAAGAUAAAAUUAUGAAUUCUUUGUUGUUACAUGCUUGAAUUAAGAUAAUAUGCUCUAUAUUGUUAUUGAUUUUCUGCCCUUAUAAUUUAGAUAGUCUUUUUUGUUAGAUGAUAUUAAAGUGCCUUCAUAAUCUAAGGUUAUAACUAAAAUAAAACUGAAUUAUAUUGGAAUUUUAAUCAGCAAAGGAAAAAUGGAAAAUGAUGAGUAUAUAUCAGAAUAUUCUUAACUAAUUAUUUUCUAUUUUACAAUUGAAUCUAUAAAUACUUUUUAAGAUAAACUUAUUAUUGUAAUGUAUAAAUAGUAUGAAGUGCUAAAAGAGCCUGAUGAUUUUAUUACAGAUUUUGAAAUAUAUAAAAAUAUGGGUAUAUUAAUAUUAAAUAUUAGUUUUUAUAUCAAGAUAUAAAAAAGGAUUAUCUUUUAAGUUUUUGGAUGUUGUUUGGAGUAAUGAAACUUUAUUAUAUCAUCCAUUAGACUAAGUGGUUUUGGGAAUUAAAUAUAUAACAGAAUUUUUGCCAAAUGGAAACUUAUUUUUCAUUCUUUGGACAAAAAAUAAAAUUCUAUUUUUAAGGGUUAUUUUUAAUUAAUUAAAAUAAUUAGAACUAAGGAUUAUCUAGGAAUAUCCAGACUAAUAAUUUCAAGUAUUCGAGAUUACAGUGAAAACGUAUCUUCGAUAUGUGAUUUUUUUGAGAGAUGAAGACUUUUAAGUUAUGAAAAUUGAAAUAUUCCCUGAUUCAACUUUUCAUUUUAUACCGUAAUUUACUGAAAGAGUUUCUACAAAAUUCGUUUUGGUAAAUGAAUACUCAGACCUUCUAAUAUACCAUGAUAAGAAUUAUUUAUAUGGUCUUUAUUUAGGAAACACUUAAAUUGAAAUCGCGAAUCUAAAUGAAUUACAACCUCCUUAAUUAAUAAUAAUAAAAUCAAAAACAGCUACUGGUAUAUAAUGCCAAGAUGUUAGGAUAUAUUAUCAAGUUGUACCUAAAGAUGUUGAGUUGAUAUAACUAUCUUUUUACAUAGAGAAUGAAAAUAAUAUGAUAAUUUUGAAUUAUAAACAAACUGAUAAAAGAAUAUAAGUUGAUCUAGAUAAAAUAUUAACGGGUUUAGCAUUAGAUAUCUAAUCAAUUAAAUUACAAGUGUAAAGCAAAUAUUAAGUAGAGUACUCUAGUGCUUCUUAACCUGUUUUAUUGUAUGAGGAUACUUAAUCGGAAAAUCAGUUAUUAUAUGGUGAUUCUGUAUUUUUUUGCAAACAUUAUCAUUAUGAGAGGGAUACUGAAUAAAAAAUAUUAUUUAUUAAAGAUAAUGCAAUAAGCCUGAUCCAUUGUUUUUAUGAAGAAUAUUCAAUUUGUAAAAAUAAAUAUAGAUUUCUAAUUCUGGACUUUGAAGAAGUUUAAGAUUGCCAUUGCAUUAUCCGUAAAGGAUUAAUGUACAUAAGUAUUAUAUCCAUUAUGAAUCAAGAUUCUAAGUAAAAUUCAUUAACAAUAAUGAUAAUUGAUUUAAAAAAAUUAAUACCUGAUUAAAUUUUCUUACAUCCAUAAGAUGAAGGUAUAAUUAUUUAAGCCAUAACAAUUCAUCAAAAAACUAUAUAUAUAGUGCUUAAAGAAAAUAAAUACUCGUUAAAUUUUAGGGAUAAUAAAAAUGUUUUUAAUAUUUAUUCGAUUUAAAUAGAUUGUUAUAAAUUCUUUAAGUUUUAGUAGUAUCAAGAAAUCAUAGAUAUGUAUUAAACUGUUUUGAUUCCACUGAUAUAAUAUGACAAAUACAAUUACUACAUUAAUAUUGGAAUUUAUAUGAUUAAACAUAUUGAAAUAGAGUUAGUAAGGAUGAUAACUAUUGAUGUUACUAAAACACCAGAUUAGGAAACUUUGUAUCUUGAGAUCGCCUCAUCAAUUACUAUUUAUCUUGUAUGGCUUACUGAUACAGAUAAAGGAUAAAUUAAAAGAAUAAUCUAAAUAGAUUCUAAUUCUUUAAUUUAAAAUUUUUACAAUACAAAAAUAGAUAAGGAUAUUUAAAUAAAAUUUGUCAAAACAAAAACUUUACCAUAUUUUGAACUUUAAUAAAUUUAUAAAAUAAGCCUAUCUUCACGAUAUCUUUAUGUUUAUGGAAGUGAAGUUAAUGUACCGGCUUGCAUAUAUAUAUAUACAGUUGAUUAAUCUACAAAUUGGUUCAAAUCUUUAUACCAUAUAAUUAGAACUAAUGAUUAAAAGUUCCCAAUUUUUAAUAGCUUUUCUACAAUAGGAUUUGAGGGAAUUUUUGUGAAUUAUAAUCCUAUGACAUAUUGGUUAGUUCAAAAUAAAUAUUUAUUAAUUAAUAACUUAAAUUAAAAUAAUAAAGAAAGUAAGAAUGAUGUUGUAAUUAUUGAAAUUUUAAUAAAAACUCUAGUUAAAAAAGAUGAUACGAAAGUGUAAACUUUUUUUUUAAAGCUGAAAUGUGAGGAUUGCGAAGAGAUGGAAAAUGAAUAAAGGAAAGAAAAAUUUGAAUGA